AUGCUUUCGUUCUCUAGAAGGCUCCUUCUCAAAGGUCCCACUAUUUCUGCCACAGAGCUGGAAAGUAUAUUCGGAUUAAAAGCACACAACUGUGAUGUAAAAACUGCUCUCGAUCCAACCAAAGCAAAAUGCAAAAAGCUUGCUCUCUUUGGUGAUUCCAAGUUGAGCAAUUUAAUAACAGAAAAAUUAAAACCACUACUUGAUGAUGAAUCAAUACCAUUGGGAGAUAUUAGCAUGAAGAGAGAAAGGUACACCAUGAACUCAACUCUUGCUUCCUAUUUGAAAUACAAGCAUGAGGAAAUUUAUCUCAGUAUUCUUGAGAAUGACAUUGAAAAGAGGGAACAAUUGAAUGACCACAGUUUGGGAACUGUAUUUGAAGCGUUGUUUUAUCUUGCUCCACAAGAGAAGUGUAUUGAAAUUGUGAAUAGUUUGAUUGAAUGGGUCGAUGGAGAAGGUUCACAAUAUAUCAAGGCACCAUUAGUGAAAUUUUGCAUCAUGGUUGAUUCUAUUAAUGAUGGACCACAGCUCAAAGUGGAGAAUUGUUUCUCAAUGAAAGAAAUUACAAUGAAGAUUGAUGAGGAUAAUAGUCAGGAAUUGUUUGGCGAUAUAUCUAAAUUCAUGAUGGAACGUUCCAAAGAAGCUAUUGAAAAACACAAUGAAACUAACUCUCUAGAUUUCAUAAUUAAUGGAAAAAUUAUUCAGGGAAAUCAUUUAGAAGAACCAAUAACAGUUCAAUGGAAAAGUAGAUCUGGAAAUUAUUAUGAUCAGAAGGUCUUUCCGUGUUGUGGUACUUUAUGUGUUUUGAAUGGUGGAAAAUGUAAAAGGAGAACAUGGCUCAAUAAGGAUUCAUUUCAUUCUGGCCAAUUGAAAGGAUCAGGAAGUAAGAGAUGUGGAGGUGGACAUGCACCCUCAGGAAGUAGUACAGAUCACAUCCCCAAAGUUAGAGCACAUUGGUCAUGUUGUUACGAACAUGCAGAAAGUGAAGGAUGCAUCCAAAAUGGCUAUACUAAAAAGUUGAAAGGUCUCGAUUUGUUUCCAAAAGUACCAAUAUCAUCAUCACAAGAAGAUGAAUUAGAGGAUAUAUCCAACACACCUCAUUUCAGUGCCUGA